GGAGGGGGCCCGCCGCGUCCGCCGCCCGCUCGGCUCGGCCCGGCCCGGCCCGGGAGGCGUGCAUGCCCCUGCUGCCCGCGGCGCUCACCAGCAGCAUGCUCUAUUUCCAGAUGGUGAUCAUGGCAGGGACGGUGAUGCUGGCGUACUACUUCGAGUACACUGACACGUUCACCGUGAACGUGCAGGGCUUCUUCUGCCACGACAGCGCCUACCGCAAGCCCUACCCGGGCCCGGAGGACAGCGGCGCCGUGCCCCCAGUGCUCCUCUACUCGCUGGCCGCCGGGGUCCCCGUACUCGUGAUAAUAGUUGGAGAAACUGCUGUGUUUUGCCUACAACUGGCCACACGGGAUUUUGAAAACCAGGAGAAAACUAUUUUAACUGGAGAUUGUUGCUAUAUAAACCCACUGGUGCGGAGAACUGUACGAUUUCUGGGUAUUUAUACAUUUGGGCUAUUUGCUACGGAUAUCUUUGUAAAUGCUGGGCAAGUAGUCACAGGGAAUCUGGCUCCACAUUUUCUUGCCCUGUGUAAGCCCAACUACACAGCACUUGGAUGUCAGCAGUAUACACAGUUCAUCAGUGGGGAAGAGGCCUGCACAGGCAACCCGGAUCUCAUCAUGAGAGCAAGGAAGACGUUUCCAUCCAAAGAAGCAGCUCUCAGUGUCUAUGCAGCUAUGUACCUGACAAUGUACAUUACCAACACAAUCAAAGCCAAAGGAACAAGACUUGCUAAGCCUGUUUUAUGUUUGGGCUUAAUGUGUUUGGCCUUUCUUACUGGACUCAACAGAGUAGCAGAAUAUCGAAAUCAUUGGUCAGAUGUGAUAGCAGGCUUUCUGGUUGGAAUAUCUAUAGCAGUAUUUCUGGUUGUGUGUGUGGUAAAUAAUUUCAAAGGAAGACAACCAGAAAAUGAACAUAUACACAUGGAUAAUCUGGCACAGAUGCCGAUGAUCAGCAUUCCUCGAGUAGAAAGUCCUUUGGAAAAGAACCACAUCACCGCCUUUGCAGAAGUCACAUGAUAUUGAUGCGGAUGGUUUGUCACUGCAUUGGACAUCGUCCCUUGUCACCAUCCAUUCAUAACACCCAAAGUUUGUUUGAUGACAACAGAAGUUUAUAAAGUUGUCUAAUAAUUUUUAUAAUUUUAAAAUCAGUGUCAACUUAUCUGUUUCCCCCACUAGACUGUGAGCUCCUCAAGGGCAGGACUGUGUCUUUCUUCACUGUAUCCCCAGCACCUACAACAAAGCCUCGCACAAAGUAGGUGUUAAAUAAAAUGUGACGACCCAAUGAAAAGAUGAAUUCUUAAAUAAAACAUUCACAUUAGUUUCUCACAGAAUCACCGAUACUAUGUGAAAGGAAACCUUUACACAAGUCAUCUUGUAUAAGAAAUCCUUCCAUUUGGGGCUAGUUAAGCUUUUUAGUUUUUCCUAGAUCUAUUCAGCAGUAUAUCACAUUUCAUUUGAAGCGGACUUUGAAAGUCAUGGGGGUUUUAUGUUACUAUUCAGCAUGACAUUAUUUCCAUUCUAACAAAUUUCAGUGUGUGAAAUUACUUUACUUUUAGAAAGUAUGUUCUAUACUAAAAUAAUGUUUGCACAUAAUAUUAUGCUAUAUUUCACUUAAAAUACCAUUCAUACUAUACAUUCUAAGACUGGUGCUUCUGCUUUUGAAGGGGAAAAUGCCAAUUUUUACUGUAAUAAGUAAUGUAUCAUAAUUAAAAAUUAUUUAUUUGGACUUUUGUUCCUGACAAUUGUGGUUUAAUUGUUGACUUGUAGCUUUUGAAUGCAGGCAGUGCAUUUUAAGUGACAAAAUCUAGCAAAGGUUCCUAUGUAUUGAGCAAUUUUCCCUGAUAAAAGUGUCUCAAGAGGGGGAAAGGCUCCAUUCUUAGGCUUUUUACUCGUCAAAAUUCCAUAUAACUUAAACAGGAAGGAACCACACUCUGACACAGAAGUCUAUCAAUGCCAGAAAUGUGGUUAAAAUGCAUUUUACUUUGCAUUUGUGUAAUACUUUAUAGUUUACGAGA